AUGUCCAGGUGGGUUGUGCAAGGAGCUGUUAAUGGUGACAUCGGUGCCAAUCCUUCUGCUGAAGGUGCAGAUGAGGAUGAGGGUGUUGAUGAUCAAGCCGUUAAGGUUGUUGACAUUGUCGACACUUUUAGGCUUCAGGAGCAACCUGCUUUCGACAAGAAGCAGUUCAUCGCCUACAUAAAGAAGUUCAUCAAGAAUUUGACACCCAAAUUGGACGCUGAGAAGCAAGAAAGCUUUAAGGAAAACAUCGAGGGAGCAACCAAGUUUUUGCUUGGGAAACUGAAGGACCUUCAAUUGUGAGUUACAUCUUACCACUACUGUUCUUUUCCUCU